AUGGCGAAAAUUUAUAAAGAUACCAAGGUCGACCUCCGACCGUAUUCAUCGAACGCCGUCGUCAACAUUCAGAUCCCAACACAUGCGAAUACGCAAAGCCGAGCACGAUUCUCUAUAUCCUCCUCUGUGGGCGCAGACGAACCGAUAGCGAAAGACGAGGAAGAAUUCUCUAGACGGUAUCUCUCGAGCCAGGGGUCAAUCUACUUUCGCAAACGCAGUGUCUAUCCACGAUCGUUCCUAUGGAGGGCUGUCAAUGACAGCAAGGUGUUGGAGAUCCAAUGUGUUGAUUUAACGAAGGGCGGCAUCGAGCAUUCAGUAUACAGCAAUACCAUACGCUUAGAUUUCCAAGAAGAGAUCCUUCCUUCAUGCGUUGACUUCGCAGACUUGGAAGAUCAUGAAGUGCUGAGCGUUUUCGUGAUUACGACCUCCAAGCAGCUUUACACCUUGAGCUUGCGUCCCGAAUUUUUCCGCAGAACAAGCGCAAUUGACAAUAAUGUAUCGGACUGGUGCAAGAUCUAUGUACCGGCGCCGUUGUCGUUCUCCUACCCCCACCGAUUGCAUGCUAGCAGUCCGCUUGAGCUAUUCAUCUCUCUCGAUAACGGCGCGCUUCUGCGCCUAACCCGGAGAUCUGGUGACGAUGGGUCAAACUGGUCUCCUCUUACCUUCGACGAGAGAACUUGGGGUGCCUCUAUCCGCGGAUUGGUAAGGUGGCACGCGCAACCUUCAAUUAAAUAUAAAGGACGCAAUCUCGACACAAACCUGGCAAAUGCGAUCGCUACGACAUCUGACCAGACUUACGCUUUUGCGGUCUGUUUGAAUCACACUCUAAAGAUUUGGAACCUAGCUACGAACAAGCUAGCUGCCACGACUGACCUGUUAGGCCGUGAAGUGCAAGAGCCAGAUUCGUCGUCAUAUACGUUGAACCCAGCUGAUUCAUCCUUCAUUCGUGUAUUCAACGUCGAGAGAGCGCUGGACGGGGCAUAUCGAUACUAUGUUAUCACAUAUUCACCUUUUGAGGAUGGGCGUUUCAAAUUCUGGGCUGUAAAGGGAGGCUUGACAUCACCGCUCGUCAUCGAAGAUCUAUUCCCAGAUGCUCCCUUGCGGCCCUUGGACCCUGAUUCGACCGGGAAUGUGUUCUGGAAUAUUAUAGAUUUCCAACUCAAGCCGGCUGACGAAGGGAAAGGAAUGGAACUGUGGGUUCUUUGGAGAAACAGCGGCGUCUAUCAGCUUUACACCCUACACUUCAAUUUCGAAACUCUAGUGAGAGAUUGGGAUACCAAUUGGGUGUCGACGGCGAUCGACACUCGCGGACAGGAGCUUCCGCCGUCUAUGGCAUUCUCCGACGUGGUGGACCCGACAGAGAAAUGGUUGAAAUUUCUUUUACAACCCAACAAAUACUCACCGGAGGUGCUUGAGACUUCUCUAGCUGUUUAUCAAGAGGCGCUCCGGCCGCUCUCUUCCCCUAGUGUCAUAAAGAAAAGCGCUUCACUUACGGAACGACUUUGCUCUACGAUUGCUGCAACUGUAUCGCUUCGGAAGUAUGCCGAUGACGAGAUGGACUUCACGAGGUAUCGCACGGAUACAGACGCAAAGUGGCGCCAGUUUUGGCAAAUUGCGGAGGAUAUCAACAAGAGGCGAUUCGAGCCUGUUUCUCUUCUCUAUGAUACUUACUAUGAGACUCCGUGGCUACUUCUCUCAGAUAGCUGCGCAGUGAUCAGGGAAUGCAGCUCGACUGAGUUGCUUUUGCACAACUCGGGAGCUGAACUUCGCGUUGAAGGACACAAAAUUGCCGAUCGCUGGAGGCACAGGAACCUGGAUGAGGAGAUUGGAAAUAUGUUCGAACAAGCUUCUCGACUAAUGACAGUUGCCUCUGGGUUCAGGAGAAGAUUUCCAUCUGAGCUUAACGCAGCUUGUCAAAAUGCUCUUGAAGCAGAGCUAUUCACUGAUCCAUCCUCGUCUGUCCAGGACAGGAUGGAUGCUUUCCGUGAUCGUUGCGACUUUGGCGAACAGAUCUCCAACAAGACCUAUGACGGUCUGCUUGCGGCCAUGGAUGGGUAUCUGAACAUCUACAAUUUGCCGAACAAUGUUUUCUACACUAUCAUAGACACGAUCCCACUUGGGUUCCCCGGCAAGGAUUCAGACCUUUUGGCUACCCACUUCGGAGUGAAGGUUACUGUGAAUGGCGUGCAGGAGGCGAUCCUAUAUACGCGCCAGCUUCUCAUUGACCUCCUAGUCCUCAUAGUUUUCGUGGACGGUGAGGUUCAGCAAGAAGACACAUCUGAGUUGGAUGCCGUGGAUCUGUUCGGUUCCCUGAUAACAUUGCUAAGAGAAUACGAGAUGAUGGCCUGGCUUAGCUCAAACACCCGGAAAUGUCUUGAUAAGCCCGCAAAUGUUUCAGAUGACCAAUCAACGUCGCAAUUCUCUUUGAAGGACUCGCCUUCGAAGAACACAGGCUUAAGAAUGGCGACUAUUCUAGAGGACCUGUUUGCUACUGAUAUUAAACCUCGGCAGACUAUCGGUCUACCUCAAAGCUAUACCCUAACUCUGGGAAUCCACGAUGUCUUGUCUUGGGUCACACGCCAAGGCGAAGUAGCUUUUCCAAACGCUCUGGUGUAUAUUCAGUGUGAUCUUAUUGCAAAGAAUAACAUCGAUCUUGCUUGGGACUUCCUUCGUUUCCAGCCAAGCACUUCUUGGGCGACAUAUGUGAAAGGUCGUCUGUAUGUGGCUAUGUCCGAAUUCGACACUGCAGCCUCGUACUUCCGCAAGGCUGCAUAUCUUCUUUCAUGCGGCAAACCUCUCGGUAACUUGCAUGAAAUGUCGUCGACGCUGCUGGAUAUUGUCUCAGUGGAUUCGUUCCACAAUGGCCUUCCAAAAUAUUUUCAACAUAUCUUGACCAUCUUCGAGCAAGCUCGCUCGUUUUCUCAUGUUGCUGAUUUCGCACGCCUUGCAUUGCAGGCUCUUGCGAGUGAAAACCGUAACGAUCAAGAUCCUGAACACAACAUCUUGCGCACUGACCUUCUUUCGCGUUUGUUCUAUGCGUCGUUGCAGAAUUGUCAAUUUGACCAAGCAUAUUCUGCCCUAUCUCGAUACAAGGACCUUGCACUGCAGAAGUCCGCUCUCAGCUCCCUAGUCACGAGUAUAUUGGUUGCAUCCGGACCAGGCACUGCUGGACUUCAGCAAAUUCUCCACUUUCCAACGGCACUUAUCCCAAACAUCGCUUCCUAUGUGGACGAUACGCUGGUCUCACUUGCUCGGAAACAGACGACUUUCAGCUCUCUCUUAGAAACUGGAAGCAGCACACCUGAUUACCAGAGAGUUCUACAGGCAUACCGUAUCGCACGGGGCGAUUACCGUGGGGCUGCCGAAAUCGCGUAUCGAAACGUGCAGCGCCUCCGCAAUGCCCGGGAUGCUCCUUCUUCUCAUCUGGUGCUGAGCAAGAACCGGGACACUGACGGUACCCAGCCCACAGAGGAAGAUGAUUUCGAAAGCAAGGAGAUCCGAACGGAACUCCUGUCUUUAAUCAACCUUCUUGGCUGUGUCGACAAGAGCGAAGCCUAUAUAUUAGUCGAGAAGGAAGACUCCGGUGUACCCGCCGCCCCAUUCACAGAUCGACGCCGUAGUCUGCAAGCCGAUGAUGACGGGAAUGUAUUCAUGGACGAAGCUGAUGUCAACCCACCCACACCCUAUGGCUCCAAGCGCAGACUCAGUUCCAGUGCCACUGCAAUCGUGCCAUCCGGUCGCAGAGAUAGCAGGUCUUCUGUUUCUACAAUCGGCAGCCAUGCUCCCCGACGGCGUGUCAUUGUGACGCUCGACCACCUACGUCGCGAGUACCAGUCCGAGCUAGAUCGGGUCAGUAGAAUUGAGAGAGGUGAUUGGGAGUUUGGGAUUCUUGACGCCAAUGGGGCGGAUAAUGAUGAUACGAUGCUACUCUAG